GCCGGGGACGAACGUGUAUCCGCGCGCGAAUCAUCCGAAUCGUCGUAACCGCACGUGUGCUAUGUAAGAGUCGUUUUUAAACGUUUCCUUUUUGCUAUAUAAGUGAGUGAAUUUUGGAGAGGUUCAGAAGAUGCGACAAGCGGGCGCGUGACCACGGACGGGCUGUUGAGCGCGCUGGCCCGACUGCGCCGCCCGCCGCCCCCCCUGCCGCCCCCCCUGCCGCACACACAUCCACGCAACGCGGAUGGGCGCACCCAAUCUCCCAAGAUCCAAUCAUCUCGGCCCUCCCCUGAACUUGCCGCAGGUGACGGUAGUAUGACGGUCGCCCGCGGCGAGGAGUCCCCCGAGCGGCUAGGCGGCGCCCUGCGGCGGCUGCACUACCGCGCCACGCGGCGGGCGCAUUCUGCAGCGGCGAGGCACCAUGCCACCACACCUAAGGUAGUCGUCAUGGGCAGCAGCACGACAUCAGAUAAAACCAUUAACACGAGCACCGACUCCGCAGCCACCGCCCUCACCUCCAUCACCGGCACAGAUGACUCCAUGGACGCGGAACCAGAACCCCCUGAACCCCCGCAGCCGAGCCUCAUCGACGACACACCAACCCCCCCGCAGAACCCGCCCAGCACUGCCCCGCCACACUACCACAGAGCACAAGACAGCUGCGAGUUCGAACCACCUGCCUAUACCAUCCCCCAAUCUGCAACCGACACGAUAGACUCCCCCCGCCCCGGGCCAGCCAGAUUCAUCUUCGACGUCCCCAUCCCCGAACCGCAUGCCAAAAAGGAAAAACCCAGAAAUAAAACGCACGUCAAUCAAAACCUCGGCCUCGGCGGGCCCUCCACGUCGAUGCAAUAUGAUAAAAUCGAACCACCUAAGAGUCCUAAAGUGAACCAGGCUAAAUAUGAAACUCAUUUUAAUUUCGAACCGGAAACGGUCAAGAGAAGAGGCAGUGAGCCGAGGACGAAGAAGUUGAAAGAGAAAGAGUAUUAUAAAGAUGAAGUGGCGAAGUUAAGGCGGCAACUGGAAGGCACUGAGGUUUUUACGACUACGAGGAGAAGAUCUUCCGCGCACCAACAUUCUGUGCCGCCGCCGUCGUCCAGGCGACAGUCUACUGCUCAAGUCCACGUGACAGCGAACCCUCUCGACUCCGCGGCGUCCAUGCCAGCGGGACGCACAACCAUCGUGGUCCAACAGCCCUCUCUAUCCCUGGACUACGGCGGCUGUUCCACCAUCCUCAUCCGGGAUGGAGAGGAUAGGCGUAACAGCCGCUGUGACCAUAUACAGCAGCUCUUGGACGUCACCAGCCAGUUCACUUCAGAGGAUCUACAUGAGUUUGAUAAGAGGUACGGCAGCCCACACCACUCCAGAUCCCAGUCAGUGAAAGCAGGCAGGUCCAGGACUGGCGAGAGGCAGCUGCUCGGCCUGCCGCAGCAGCGAGCCAGGGUCGCGUCCAUGCCCAACACGGGUGUGGAGGAGGAAUACUAUAGACUGCGGCAUUUUAGUAUUACUGGUAAAGGGGUAGUGAACCGCGGAGACUCUCUGCGAUCGCGUCGCUCCAGGUCCAACACGUCUGUCGCGUCCAGCGCGUCCAGCACCGAGGCUGUCACUAGAGCAUCUGCACCAUGUUCCUUGGCGUCUUCUAGGGAUUCUUCAGCGGGUCUCAGUUCCUACAGGGUGCUAGUGUUGGGCGGCCCUGGCGUGGGCAAGUCCAGCCUCGUGGGGCAGUUCAUGACGUCAGAGUACUUGCAUGCGUAUGACACUAGUAUAGAUGACGAGUCAGGCGAGAAAUCAGUAUGUGUGCUGCUGGCUGGAGAAGAGUCGGAAAUUACGUUCCUAGACUCACCCCCAGAUAAUAUUAUUUCAGAAGGCUGCGCGCACGGCUAUUGCGUUGUGUACUCUACAGCAGAUCGAAACAGCUUCGCGGAAGCGGAGAAACAGUUGCAGACGCUGUGGGCAGCGGGACAUACGGCACGACGGGCAGUUAUCCUUGUGGGGAAUAAAGCAGAUCUGGCGAGGUCGAGAGUUGUGCCCACUGAUGAGGGCAAAGCCCUAGCGACGUCCUACGAGUGCAAGUUCAUAGAAACCUCCGUGGGGAUCAACCACAACGUGGACGAGCUGCUGGUGGGGCUCCUCACGCAGAUCCGCCUGAAGCAGCAGCAUGCGGAGCGAGUGAGAAAACGCAGUACAUCCCGCAAGAACCGUUCCCGCGCCCGCUCACCGCUAGAGGAUGCGACGGCAUCCGCGCCCGCGCCCGCUCCCGCCUCUGCUUCGAGCACGCCCAGGAAACGCACGCGCCUGUCUGCUAGUGUUAAGGUGCGCGGUCUCCUCGGGCGCGUGUGGGCGCGCGACUCCAAGUCAAAGUCGUGCGAAAAUCUGCACGUGCUCUAGCACUCCAUCGCCGACUCCGUCGCAUGUUUCCCGUUCUUCGAUUGCGCGAUCACGUACUCGUAGGGAAACUGCCCCCUGUGUGACCCCUCCCGUAGCAUUUAUUUGGAAUUACUACUUUAUUUGUAAUAACUGUAUUAACUAUUUUUUUCAAGUACAAUUUCCAUUGUCCUGAACUUUGACCACUUUUUGUAAUAUAUUAUGCUAUAUAUCAUUGAUGUUCAUCUCGCUUCAACAACAUACAAUAAAAAAAAUCACAUUAUUAUUCUAUGUGAGCUGUCAAAAGUAAAAAGAUACAUUUGUGCGGGAAUUAAAAAAAAUAAACCCAAAACUAAUCUUUUUUUUUAUUUGUACGUUGUUGAAACGAGUCAUAAAUGUUUAUGAAAAUAUUGAAUUGUAUUGUAAGAUUGUUUACUCCUCAAUCAAUUCCCGAUAUAGAAUUGCUCAUUAUAAAUUUAUGAUGUCUAAAAAAGAUCUAAAAAUGACGUCCAUAUUACUAUCUACAGCGUCCACUUUGAUUUAUAGUUUAUUGUUUUUUAUUUUAUAAUUUUUGACUAUAUAAUUUAGACUAUGAAUAUACAUAUUUAAUAUUUAGAUAUUAUGGAGGAGUGUGUACACGCAGUCGUAAAUAGGGGGAAAGACGGGCCGGCGAGAAAAGUAUUUCAAAUCAUUGAAAAGGAAUGUUUAAUGUUUAUACAAUGUGAUUGAUGAAUUUUAAAUCAAAGAAAAUAUGUUAACAGUUUCAACGCCAUCUGUUGAUGAAAAAGUGAAACGUAUAUUUUGUGUUAUCUAUGGUAAAAAGGCGCCAAAAUUGCUAUUCCACUUUUGAAUUUUCUUUUUUUUUUA